AUGUUACAACUAACCAAGUGUUUUAAAUUGUUUUUAAUCUGUCAUUUGGUGUUGCUGCAAGUUUCUUUGGUCUUGCCUCAAGUCCAGUCACGUAUUGUGGGUGGCACUCCCACCACCAUUAACCAGGUGCCCUAUUUAGUACAACUUUUGGAGGAUGGUAAAUUUUUCUGUGGUGGCACUCUAGUAGCACCACGUUUUGUGGUGACAGCGGCCCAUUGUGUUAAAGGCAUGAAGGCUGGACGUUUGUCUAUAGUAGCUGGUGCUACUAAGCUGUCUCAAGCUGGUGUAAGGGCUGGUGUUAGCAAAAUAAUGGUGCCCAAAGGAUUCAAACAGUCUACCAUGAAUAUGGACGUAGCAGUGCUAAAAUUACGCCGACCAGUUACAGGCCCGGGAAUACGACCAACUGGUUUGUGUACAAAAAACUGGCAGCCUGGUGCAACAGUAAAAGUAUCUGGCUGGGGUUUAACAAAUGAAAAUGCUAAAAAUGUGCCAACUCAAGUGCGUACGGCGAAUGUAAGAGUGAUUGCUAAAUCUAAAUGUUCGGAAAUGUAUCGUCGUCAGACAAGUUUGACUAAUUCAAUGUUUUGUGCUGCUAUACCGGGUCGCAAAGAUGCCUGUUUGGGUGAUUCGGGUGGACCUGCCUUUAUAAAUGGUCAAUUUUGUGGUGUGGUAUCGUGGGGUGUGGGCUGUGCCCGUAGAGCUUAUCCAGGGGUGUAUACUAGUGUGUUGGUGGUGCGUAAAUUUAUCAGAAAUGCCAUGAAGAGAUAA